GAAAAAAAAAGAAAAGCAAUCUUUUCGCUCCGCCGCACUAGUCAUCAAUUCAGUUCCAUUUUAAACCGUGUCUCAGUCGCUUCAGUCAGUCGUCAACCGAGAGUAAAAAGUGUAACAGUCUACGGAUUACCCUUUCUUCGUGUCUGUGUUGGGUUAGUUCUGGGAGAUAUUCUAUUCCCGUUUAACCGCUGAUAUUAUCGCAUCCGUUUUGCGCAUCGCGGGUGCUUUUAGGAAGGAAGGAAUUUGCGAAGUGCUACAAAGAAGUAAAAGAGAAUAAAACAAGAACUGUUCGAGGAGGAAUAUUCCGACAAAGUGUCUACGCCAACUGCAGAAUCCAUAUCAAAGAGCGCAGAAGUGUUUGUGUGACGGCGAGUGAUAAACAACAAAACGGAGCAGAGGAAGAGAUGUAUGCAUCUGUGAAGGAUAAUCGUGUUUUCCUUUAAGGUGGAAGAGCCCGGCUGGAGUGUAGAUACUCGCCAAUCCGCGCCCAUCGCCAGCUGCUGGGAUAUUCAGUGAAUGUUUUAUUUUUAUUUUCGAGAAAGCAGCAAAUCGUUUGCCGCCCGCCGAUAGUCCUGUUUUUGUGGUGGAAGAUAAGCAGCGGAUGCGUGUUAAGUGUUCUCAGUGUUCGUAAGCAUUGCUAUAAUCAUCGGUAGGAUAGUGUGUGAUUGUGUGCGAUUUCUCUCCGUCUCCCGAUUCAUAUUCUUAUCAUCUGGUGUAUUAGUGGAUUAAUUCUAUCGGAAUACAAUCGAGCUCUAAAUGGAAGAGUGGUGCCUGAGAAUAGGAGCUCAGUUAGGAUACUAAUUAAAAUAUCCUCGACGCUCGGCCGAGGUCGAACGAAUAAUUUCCACCCAGUAGCCGCUAUUCUGCCAUGCCGGGUAGCCGUUCCAGUAAUAACGAUACCGAGCACAAUAAGUCCCCUAGAGAGAGCGGCGAGGAUUCAGAGGAUGAAAGUGAAAUUCUAGAGGAAAGUCCGUGCGGAAGAUGGCUGAAACGAAAAGAAGAGGUCGAGCAACGCGAUGUUCCUGGCAUCGACUGUGCACAUUUGGCGAUGGACACCGAGGAAGGUGUCGAAGUCGUCUGGAACGAAGUUCAGUUUUCCGAGAGGAAGAAUUUCAAAUCUCAAGAAGAAAAAAUUCAACUAGUAUUCGAAAACCUAACACAGUUAGAGCAUCCAAAUAUAGUCAAAUUUCAUCGUUAUUGGACGGACACGCAUAACGAUAAGCCUAGGGUAAUAUUUAUAACAGAAUAUAUGUCCUCUGGUUCCCUGAAGCAGUUUCUCAAGCGUACCAAGAAAAACGUUAAGAAACUUCCACUGCAAGCAUGGAAGCGGUGGUGUACUCAAAUUUUAUCAGCACUUAGUUAUUUGCAUUCCUGUUCGCCGCCAGUAAUUCACGGCAACUUAACCUGUGAUACAAUAUUUAUUCAGCAUAAUGGUCUAGUUAAAAUUGGUAGUGUAGCUCCAGAUGCCAUUCAUCAUCAUGUAAAAACAUGUAGGGAAAAUAUGAAAAAUAUGCAUUUUUUAGCACCAGAGUAUGGAACAGCCGCAUCUACGACCGCCAUCGAUAUCUACUCGUUUGGCAUUUGUGCGCUGGAGAUGGCUGCACUGGAAAUCCAAGGGAACGGAGAUUCGGGUACGCUAGUCACAGAAGAGCAAAUCAAACGCACUGUCGAGAGUCUUGAAGAUGCACAGCAGAAAGACUUCAUCAUCAAGUGCCUCAGUCAUGACCCUGCCAAAAGGCCUACCGCUAGAGAAUUACUUUUUCACCCGCUGCUGUUCGAGGUGCAUCCGCUGAAGCUGCUCGCGGCGCACUGUCUGGUGAAUACCUCAUCAAACUACGACGAGAUGCUGCAGAAGCUGAACAAACCGGACAUGGUGUACGCCGAGGUGCGGCAGGUCGAGUUCCAUCUGGGCGAUGUCACCGGCACGGAAAAGCUGGAGAAAUUCGUAGAGGAUGUAAAGUAUGGCAUUUAUCCACUGACUGCCUUUUCGGCACAAAAACCACCCGCUUCCCGACCACGAGCAAUAUCGCCCGAGACUGCAGAAUCGGUGAAAUCCGCCACACCAGAGCCGUUAGAUAUUGAAACUAGGAGAGUUGUGAAUAUGAUAUGUAGCGUUAAGCCCCGAGAAGAAAAUUGCGAAUUAUUUAUGACAAUAUUAUUAAGGAUGGAGGAUAAGAUGAACCGACAGUUAACAUGCCCCAUCUCGCCGGACGACUCAGCCGUCACGCUUUCGCAUGAGCUAGUUCACCUAGGAUUUAUUCAUGAGACGGAUCGUGAAAAAUUAGCCACAAUGAUAGAGGAUACGCUUAGGAAUAAACAGCAGCAGCUGCUUGGUGCUGCGGCGAAAAUGCAAAAUGCGACUGCUGCACAGGCCGGCGAACGGUUGGUGAGCUCGGACGGCAACUGCAUCGCCGGAUCGGACACCACGUCAGGUAGCGGUGCAACAGCGGUGGCCACCAGCAAUCAUAUUCACCAUCAUGUUCCUGUAAAUUCGGCCAGUUCGGAACGAGACUGGAAGGUAUCGGAUACGGAUUCGCUACUAACGGUCAUGCCAGUAAUUAUGGAAGGUAUCAGUGUGAAUAGCUUCGACGCCCGAUUGUUUGCUUGUCUCGACGAUGCAGAAGAGGCGCGCGAACAGCCAGACGACGAACUUGCGGCCCUCGAGGCCGCUACGGCUGCCAUCGAGGAAUGUCCGGAGCCAACCCAUGCACCUCUGGGCUACGACAGCGGAGAGUACACAUCAACAAUGGUGCCCCUGACGCAUCAAUCCCCAACCUCUAGGUCUUCCAUUGUCCCGGAAGACGAGCUGUGGUGUAGUGAGACGAUCGAAUCGCAUGAGGCUAACGAGUAAGCAUCGGAAGAUGUCUUUAGAAGCACCCCUACCAAGUAAACAUUAUUUCUUAUUUGUACAUUAUAAAGAUAGAAUAAGUCAAAGAUAUCAAAUGAAUGAGUUGCUAUGUAAUUACAUAAAAAACAAUUAAAUGGAAUACAACACUCAGAUACGUACACUUAAUCAUGUCGCAAACAUGUAAUAGACAGUCGACAAAAGAAAUUGUUCUUCGUUGUUUUCAGCAAAACAAAAAAGGAACACAUGAAAAAUGUCGCUUCAGAUUGAGUUCAGUCUAACAGAAAAUCAUUUUCUGUUUUUGAAAAUUUGCAACGAGAUAAACCAUAAAACCACAAUCGAAGCAUCAGAUGUAGGAAACUUGCCAGCAAACGAGAAAUCACGAACCAAACCUCUUGAAUCAAUCAUAGUCAAUCGGAUCGAUCGGAUCAACCAGCAAAUUUGUCUCUCGUGUAAUUAAUGAAGUCUUAUAGCAGCCACCAUAAGCAUAGUACCAGCCCGUUUUAAACAGAUCAUAGAUAAACAAAAAAAAACAAGAAAAACCAACGAGAAAUAGUGAAACCGAACGAAAUCGUAUUACUCUUUGCGAAUGCAAGUACGCGCUGAAUUAUGAGAGCUCUUCUAAAGGGCGCCCAUUGUUAUUGAAACGCUGAAGACUAUUCCAAGAAAUGCAAGUAUGUAGCACAUGUAGCGGAAAACUUUUUCCUUCGUCGUGGUGAACUGAGCGGAAGACGAAAAUCUUUGCGCGGUAUGUUUUAUGGAACUGAGAAUGAUGCGAAAAGAGGAAACAGGUUAUUUAAAUAUAGUCAUUCAACUAUAAAAACAAAAAAGUCAGCUUGUGAGCAAAAACGCGUGAAAUAAUUAUAUGCAAAUAAAGAAAACAGCAAAAGGCCAGCAAAAAAAAGUCGUACUUUUAAAUUAUUCUAGGUAUGGAUCGAGAGGUUCGAGAAGGGAGAUAUAAAAAAACGAUGUGCUUAGUCAAAGCG